GGGGCUAGGGCUGGUGCCUCGGAGCAGCAGCCCCAGCAGCAGCAGCAGCAGCAGCAGCAGCAGCAGCAGCAGCAGCAGCAGCAGCAGCAGCAGCAGCAGCAGCAGCAGCAACAGGCGCCGCCGCUGGACCAGCAGUAGCAGCAGUAGCCGUAGCAGCAGC